AUGGCGCUCAAGAAAGAAGAAGCCCUAGCUAAAUAUAUACAACACUUCUCCAUUAACACCAAUAAGCACUGGCUGGAAGACUACUGGGCCAAAUACAGUGCGAAUUAUGAUGAAGUUCGCAAUAUCGAGCCUACUGAGGAAAGCGAGAAUCAGUUGACAAAUGUGCUAGCAGAUGGUCAUUUCGAUGCAAUAGAAACUGCUUAUUGCGAAGCUGUCGGUGAACUUAACGACUCCAUCGAGCAGUUGUCUAUCGCUGGGCAUGCUACGACAUCCGUUCGACUUCCGCACUCCUCAGCGUGCGCGAUAUCAAUUUUGCCUAAAAUUGAACUCCCUAAGUUCGAUGGCAAGCUGCAGGGCUGGUUGCAAUUUAAAGACAUGUUUACGACGUUGGUAAUUGGUGACAAGUCUUUGUCGAAUGUGCAGCGCUUGCAUUACCUAAAGAUCAGUACGAAUGGCGAAGCAGAAACUCUGCUGAAGAAUAUCUCUGUGAUUGACAGCAACUUCUUCAUUGCAUGGGAUACUUUAUGCCAGCGCUACGAUAGCAAAAGGCGAUUAGUGAAGAUGUACUUAAAAGAAAUCCUUAAUAUUCCUUACUCUCAAACCGAAUCGUUUGAACGGCGUUUCUGA